GGAAUCCGCCGAGAGUUACCUGAGAAGAUGGCUGAUGAUGGACAUUGCAAAUAUACAUUGUUAUUCGCGCUCAUAAUGCUUUUCAACGUAUCACUGAGCACUUCAGUCAGUCUCGAUUUAACGGAGCUGCGAAAUAAAGUUUCGAAAAUAAAAGUGCAUCCACGUGGAAAUCUUUGGGCAACAGGUCAUUUUAUGGGCAAAAAGAGCAUUUCAAACAGCCAGCUCCAGGAUUCCCCGUUCCCCGUAAAACCAGAUAGGAAUAUUAUGGGAGAAUCAGGGAGUUCAGAGGAUUUGAAGGAGCUCAUCACUCAGGAGAUGCUGAAAAUUGCUCUUCAGGCUCAGCUUGAAGAUCCAAAAAGGACACGAGAUGUUUAUAAUCAGGUGAUUAGAGAGAUAUUUAAAGAAUUGGCCAACAGGAUGUGAAUAGUUAAUUGAAUGUAAAUUGUGAUGCAUUUUAUUUAUUCUUUUUUUUUCAGGAUAAAGACUUCAUGGUAAAGCUUAUGAAAAACUUAAUUGAAAAAGUACAUUUAUAGCGAAAGUGCAAUGGAUUUAAAUGUAAUAAAAUUGACAAACCUUAACAUUGUGUACCAAAUGUAUAUGCAAGUCUGCUUUUAAUGUUUGUUAUAGACUUAUUAAUGAUGUAUUUUGGCAGCAGAAAGUGUCAAAUGUUAUGAAGGCAAAUCAAUAUUUUGCAUUCAGAUGUCUGUUUGAAUAUCCGAAUGAUCGGAUGAGUGAGUGAAUUGAUUAAUAGAUGAGUGAAUGUGUUAAGUAAGUUAUUAAACAAAUCUGUAUUUUGAAAAAUAAAUAUGAAACUGCAAA